CCAACCUCCAAAAGACAAUUAACCUUUGAUUUUAUGUUUCAUCGCCCCUUUGACGGAGUUUCCCACCAACAACAACACAGCUCAACUUUUCAAUAUAAAUACAAAACAAACACAUUCACUUCACACAAAAAAUAAAAACCUCGAUCAAUCAAAACAAUGGCCUUGAACUGUUCAACAAAAACUAUUUUCCACACCCCCUCUUCUUCUUCCUUCACCCCCACUCGCAUUUCACCGUCCCUCAAAUCCCUACCCUUCCUUUCGACCCAGAAACCUCGGCAGUCAUUAGCCGUCCGCGCCUCAGCUACCGCGGCUGCUCCGGCCGAGGUUUCUGUGUCGAGGGAAUGUACAGUGAAGUCAGUGAAGGCGAGGCAGAUCGUUGACAGUAGAGGGAAUCCGACGGUAGAGGUUGAUCUGGUGACUGAUCAGCUUUAUCGAUCGGGUGUGCCGAGUGGUGCUUCAACUGGUAUUUAUGAAGCUUUGGAGCUUAGAGAUGGUGAUAAGAGUGUUUAUGGUGGAAAAGGUGUUCUUAAUGCUGUUAGGAAUAUUAAUGAGGUUUUGGCUCCUAAGCUUGUUGGUGUUGAUGUUAGGAAUCAAGCUGAUGUGGAUGCUAUAAUGCUGGAAAUUGAUGGAACUCCGAACAAGUCAAAACUAGGUGCUAAUGCAAUAUUGGGAGUUUCACUGAGUGUGUGUAGAGCUGGUGCUGGAGCAAAGGGAGUGCCUUUGUACAAGCAUAUCCAAGAAAUUUCAGGAACUAAGGAACUUGUCAUGCCUGUACCAGCUUUUAAUGUUAUCAAUGGAGGCAGCCAUGCCGGAAAUAACCUUGCUAUGCAAGAAUUUAUGAUACUACCAGUUGGAGCUACUUCAUUCGCUGAGGCACUUCGUAUGGGCAGUGAAGUAUAUCAUGUAUUAAAGGGAAUAAUCAAGGCAAAAUAUGGACAAGAUGCAUGCAACGUUGGCGACGAAGGAGGAUUUGCUCCAAACGUCCAAGAUAACAGGGAGGGACUGGUUUUACUCAUGGAUGCCAUUGAGAAGGCUGGUUAUACCGGAAAGAUUAAAAUAGGUAUGGAUGUAGCAGCCUCAGAGUUUUACACUAAGGAUAGGAAGUAUGAUUUAAACUUCAAGAAACAGCCAAAUGAUGGAACUCACGUUCACUCAGCUGAGAGUCUUGGUCAACUUUAUCAAGACUUCGUGAAAGAAUUUCCCAUUGUGUCAAUUGAGGAUCCUUUUGAUCAAGAUGAUUGGAGUUCAUGGGCCUCACUACAAUCUUCAGUUGAUAUUCAAAUUGUGGGAGAUGAUUUGUUGGUGACAAAUCCAACUAGAAUUUCUGAAGCCAUACAAAAGAAGGCUUGUAAUGGUUUGUUACUAAAGGUUAACCAGAUUGGCACAGUAACUGAAUCUAUUCAGGCUGCACUUGACUCAAAGGCUGCAGGUUGGGGUGUGAUGGUUAGUCAUCGGAGUGGUGAGACUGAGGAUAACUUCAUUGCUGAUCUUUCAGUUGGCUUGGCCAGUGGACAGAUAAAGACUGGCGCUCCUUGCAGAAGCGAACGUUUAGCAAAGUAUAACCAGCUUCUUCGGAUUGAAGAGGAACUCGGAAGUGUGCGUUAUGCAGGUGAAGCUUUCAGAUCUCCUUAGAAUGGAUAGCGAUAGAUGUGAGAAAAUUAUUUCGGAAAUAGUUAUGUAUUAGAAUCAUUGUAAUCAUUGGUUUGUUUAAGAAAUCAAACUGGACUGAGAAGAAUCGCGAGUUUUGAUAUAGUUGAUAGCCGCCUUAUGGGGUUUUCAAAAGAUUUACUUGGGGAGUUGGACUUUUUAAACGUGUUUUGAACCGAAAUAACGGAUAGUGAAUAAGUAUUUGAUGCUUGAAUGAAACCACUGUUGUAAUGCGAGGAAGUAGUUGAAUGUAACAAUGCAGAGAUAAAGUUGUGUAGGUGUGAUUUUCACUUCUGUUAAACAAAAGUAUUUGAAGAUUUAGACAUUGUUUGCUGGUA